AUGUCAUCGACAAAUGCACAUUUGGACUCGCAGGAUGACAAAAAGGCAAAGGAUCAAUUUCAAUUACAUCUUCAUACAGAAGAAAGCAGUACGUCACAUGCAAACGUCAAGGAACAACAACAACAACAACAACAACAACAACAACAGCAGCAGCAGCAUUGGCAACGUCAGCCGAUGUUUCAUACACCAAUUCAAAAAUCCAUACCGAGCGGUCAAGCUACAGUGCGACGACCUUCACAAACAGAUGCAUCUAUUCCUUCGGUAUCAAUCCUAAAUGAGUCCCAACAAAGAUCAGUCAUCCCUUCUGCACCUUCAUCUCCCCAAAAGCAAAUCACCGAUCCUGGUAUUUUAGCAUUGUUGGGACCGAAUAUUGCUCAUUUCCCUUUUUCCGAAGAUGCCUUUGUAGAAACUAUGAAAUUGAGAGCUGAGCAAGAACGAACCAAACAGGAAUACUACAAGGCAGAACUUGCAAAUAAAAACUUGAACAUUAUUCAGCAUGCUAUUCAAGCCCAAAUACCAACUCAUUUAAUCCCACACUUGUGUGUUGGUGGCAGCACCCCUCCAGUAGAUUUAAAUUACGAAAGAGAAAGAGCCAACUUCAUAGCAAGAAACUCGGCAUUUCCUCAACCCCAGCAACAACAACAACAACAACAACAGCAACUACCACAGCAACAGCAACAACAACAACAACAACAACAACCGCCACCAUCACUACAACAGCAACAGCAACAACCACAAUAUGCAUUACAGCCGCAACAGCCAUUUAUUCCACAUGCUACACAAAAUGUACAAAUACCGCUACCGCGGGAAGAACAUCCAGAGGUUAUGCAAGGUCAAGGACAGCAAGAUUCAACACAGGAACAAAAUGUACUGGGUUUUCGAUUGUCUCAGUUUCCCGUAGCUCAAAAACAAUUGGGCAGCGCAUUACAACGCGAUCCAUACAAUUUGAAUCCAAUAUCUCCCAUUGGUUUCAAAUUUGGAGGUGGAAGCACUAGCACCUCUCAGAGCUCCCUCUCCCCUGCUAAAAUUGGAGCCGCUGCAGUGGCAAAUUUGGCCACACCAACUGCACCAUUCCGGCGUCCCUUGUUAUCGUCAUCCAAUUCUCCUGCAAAAAAAUCGCGAGGUCAUCAGCGUCACAACUCUAUGCCGGCAAAUAUGUCAAUGACGUCCGGUGCUGCUGUCAGCAACAACAGCAGUUUAAGCAAACAGCGCCGAAAUGUUCACAAUACCCAAUUCCCCAAUAGGCAUACCGAAUCGGGGAAUGUAGCUGGUACACAAUUGCUACAGUCUCCACUUGGUGCAACAUCAACUUUGCAAGUAAGACCAAUACCAGCACAGCCUUUACACAAGCAGAACAAACUGUCAGUUCAACCGCUGCAAGAGUCAAUGACUUCGUUUCAGCACAUUAUUCAGUUUCAUCAUUGGAAACCCGAGGGUGAAGAUCAUCCUAGUGCCAAUAUGCAACUGCCUGCAUCUAAACGGCACAAGACAAUGUCCAAAGAAGAAAAUUCAGCAUUACCUUCAGUGACUGGAAAUCACUCAAAGACUAUAAAAAUGGAAAAGGGUUACCAGGACGAAGUGAAAAAUAUUGAAGAUGGAAAUGACGACGAUGACGAUAACCCCGAUGCAGAUUUAUCGGCGGACACCACGAUGUAUUGUGCUACGACUAGUGAGCAGAAAACCGGAACAGACGCACACCCUCCAUCACAGGGUCAUUCUCGUCAGGAGCUGAAUAUUGGUAGAUAUCCACAUAAUAUUUUAUCGACAAAUAAGUGA